UUGUUUCUUGGAGGGGAUGGAUCCAUACGGAAAUGCAACGGCUCCCGCUCAGGAGCAUUGAUGGGGUCUGAUUCCCAUUUCGUUUGGAUUCAUUGGCAUGGGCUGGUGCUCAGCUACCAUUGUUGUGUGCCUUCUGAUUUGCCUUUUGCUGGGAAUCUGUACUGUUUAUCCUCCUUUGCCCUUUAUGCUAGAAGGACAUACUUGCCUUCAGCAAGAAGCAUAGUCUGCUGUUUUUAUUUGGGCGUAGCUUGCAUACGAUUCUGCACAGUUUUCUCCUCUCGGGCGAAGCAAAACCUUUUGGAGAUUUUUAUCACGAUCUGAGGCUCUGAUUGUUAAUCUUUUCCUCUGGCUGCUUCUUCUAACUUGUUUUUAUGGGUUAGGUUGGUAAUUGGUGCUCUUUAGUUUUGGGCAAACAUAAAUUCAGGUGUUGUUCAGAAAUCAGAUCAAGCAAAUCUGCUAUCUCCAUCUCCUUCCGCUUUCUGAAUUUUAUAUUUUUAUCGUUCCAAGUUCUAAAGUCGUAGCUAGCCACAGAAAUUUACUGCCAGUGUUCAAACUAGUUAGUUUUGAUCUCACCAAACGGUACUGUGAUUGUGCCCAAAAACCUCACUGAAGCAUGGAGCCAUGGCGAAGGAAUACCCAGCUUCUCCCAAAGCCCAGCAGCUGCAGGAAUCCAAGAAGCAGCGCCUGACAUACAUCCUUGUUGUAAGCGCGCUCUGCAUUGCCUUCUACGUCCUUGGCGCAUGGCAGAACACCACGCUUCCAAAGCCCAUAGGCAACUCGGGGAUCACCCGGGUUGGCUGUGAUCCCACAACUGCCUCCACGACACAGUCCUCUGGCUCUGUGCCGUCGUUUGGGCCAGGCUCCGGUGAGGUGCUUGACUUUGAUGCACACCACCGGCUCACCAUCAACAACACGGACGGCGAUGGGGAACUGCAGCAGUUUCCGGCAUGCCCUCUCAAUUUCAGUGAGUACACGCCGUGUGAGGACCGUAAGCGCGGGCGGCGGUUCGACCGUGCCAUGCUAGUGUACCGGGAGCGCCAUUGUCCUGGCAAGGACGAGCAGGUCCGAUGCCUCAUCCCAGCACCGCCUGGGUACAGGACCCCCUUCAAGUGGCCUCAUAGCAGGGACUACGCCUAUUUCAACAACAUCCCCCACAAGGAGCUCAGCAUUGAGAAAGCAGUGCAGAACUGGAUCCAGGUUGAGGGCGAUAAGUUCAAGUUCCCUGGUGGUGGCACUAUGUUCCCACGUGGUGCUGAUGCCUACAUAGAUGAUAUUGAUAAGCUCAUCUCAUUAUCGGAUGGCAAGAUCAGGACCGCUGUUGACACGGGUUGUGGGGUUGCUAGUUGGGGAGCUUACUUGCUGAAGAGGAACAUCAUUGCCAUGUCAUUUGCGCCAAGAGACACGCACGAAGCUCAGGUGCAAUUCGCACUGGAAAGAGGUGUCCCUGCCAUCAUUGGUGUGAUGGGGAAACACCGGUUGCCUUACCCAUCUAGGGCAUUUGAUAUGGCACAUUGCUCUCGCUGUCUGAUUCCUUGGUAUGAACAUGAUGGGCUAUACCUUGCUGAAGUCGAUAGGAUUCUAAGGCCAGGAGGAUAUUGGAUUCUCUCGGGUCCUCCAAUCAACUGGAAGACGCACCACGUGGGGUGGGAGAGGACAAAGGACGACCUCAAGCAAGAGCAAGACAAUAUUGAGGAUAUCGCGAGGAGCCUUUGCUGGAACAAAGUGGUUGAGAAGAGGGAUCUCUCUAUCUGGCAGAAGCCUAAGAACCACCUUGAGUGUGCCAACAUUAAGAAGACAUAUAAGACACCCCAUAUCUGCAAGAGUGACAAUCCUGAUGCUGCUUGGUACAGACAGAUGGAAGCCUGUGUUACUCCAUUGCCUGAAGUAAGCAACCAGGGAGAAGUGGCGGGAGGAGCAGUGGAGAAAUGGCCAGAGAGGGCAUUCUUAGUUCCCCCCAGGAUUAGAAGGGGCAUGAUUCCAGGAUUGGAUGCAAAGAAGUUUGAUGAGGACAAGAAGUUGUGGGAGAAGAGGGUGGCAUACUACAAGCGCAUCAUACCCAUAGCAGAGAAUAGAUACAGAAAUGUGAUGGACAUGAACGCAAACAUGGGUGGGUUUGCUGCUUCUUUAGUGAAGUACCCUGUGUGGGUGAUGAAUGUCGUCCCUGUUAACUCUGACCGGGACACCCUUGGUGCAAUAUACGAGCGAGGCUUCAUUGGCACAUAUCAGGACUGGUGUGAAGCUUUCUCAACGUAUCCAAGAACCUAUGACCUCUUGCAUGCUGACAAUUUGUUUAGCAUCUACCAAGACAGGUGUGAUAUAACUGACAUCCUCUUGGAGAUGGAUAGGAUAUUAAGGCCCGAGGGCACAGCUAUCAUCCGUGACACAGUUGACGUGCUCACGAAAGUCCAGGCAAUAACCAAGCGGAUGCGGUGGGAAAGCCGCAUCAUGGACCACGAGGAUGGCCCCUUCAAUCCAGAGAAGGUCCUCAUGGCGGUUAAGACGUACUGGACUGCCAAAACGGAGGAGGAGCAUUAGCACACAGGCGACACGGCUCACUGAAAACCUGAACCAGGCUUGUUCUACCAGUUGGGAGGAUGGCAUCAGGGUUUUGCCGUCUCAGUGUAGUAUGGGACCGCCUGGUCACAUGUUCCUUUCACCUUUCUGUAAUUCUUUGUAGCUGCAAUCAGAUGAGAAGCUGAGGGAGGAGUUUGAGGGGUGAUUGGACCUCUAGUUGAUACAGGAAAAACGGUUUUGUAGCAGGGGAAGAAUUCGCUGGUCUUGCAUAGGUUCCUGGCCCUGUUCCACGAGGGGUUGAGCUAGGUUUUAGUCUGUAAUAUGAUGGCACCGAGCAGGCAGUGUUACCGUAUAUUGGAGUGACACUAAUAGUAAUAGGUAUUUAUUCAGUUUUCCUCUUAAUCUGAACACUGAAGUGCUUGAAAAUUGAAA